AUGAAUGAUUCAAAUAAUUUGUUUUUGAAUAAAAGUUACAUAUGUAAUAAACAAAAUAUGUCUUCUGAAAAUAAUUAUUUUUAUAAUAUGAAUUUAAGUAUUCAUAAAAUUUUUAAUUCUCGUUAUAGUGUUCCAUCAAAAAUUAAUGAUGUUGAUAAACCAAUAAUUAAAAAAAGAAGAUGCACAGUUUCAUACAUGUGCGAAAAAGAUAUUCCUCAUAAAAAUAAUCAUGAAUAUUUAAAUUAUAACUUUAAUAACUCUAUCACGAAAAGAAGAAAGUAUUCACCUAAUAUUUUACUAUAUAAUAAAUUUUCUCCUCUAAAAAUCAGAAGAGAACUUAGAAAUAGUGUUGAUGAAAGUAUAAAAAAAAGCGUUGCUAUAAGAUCUUUUGUAAACAAAAAUAUUAAAAGCAAAAAUACCGAAAAUUAUGAACAUAAUGAUAAAAAUUACCUAGAUAAAAGUAAAGCAUACUAUCUUAAUAAAUACCCUGAAAGAAAUGAUUCUGAUUAUUUUUAUGAUUUAAACAAUUUAAAACUCCAUUUGAGUAAAAAUUUAAAUGAAACAUAUAUAAUGAGUAAUACAACGCAAAGUGAUAAUUAUUUUAGAAAUAAAAACAGAAAUAGGGAUAGUUUAAAUACCCAUAGGGAUACUGCUCCUAUUUAUAUGAAUUCUGAAUCUACCAUUUCAAGUUUUAACUUUGAACGCGAGAAUGAAAAUAAGAUUCCUAAAAAAAAUAUUGAUAAAAGCACAUGCAUUGAAUCAUAUCCAAAUAUACUCAAAAAAAAAUAUUCACAUAUAUCGAAUAUUAAUGAACAAAAUAAGAAGCAAAUUUCGAAGACUGAAGAAAGCAUUAAAAAAGUCGUAGAAUAUCCUUUAAAAAGAAGACAUAGCACUGAGUUUGCGAAAGAAUACGAAAAAUACAAUUACUCAGAUUCUCAUUAUCUUAAUAAAAGAUUUAAAAAUAAUGAAAAAAUUUAUAAAAAUAAAAUACGUAGGCAUAGUGAUACAACUAAAUAUAGCUCAUGGAAUGAACUAUAUUUGAGUGACAUUAGACAUGAUGCCAAUAGGAGUAUUUUUGAUUCUUCAUUGUUAUAUGAGUAUAAUAAGAAAAAUUUAGAAAAUUCAAAAAAUGAAAAAAUAAAUAAAAUAUGUGAAGAAAAUGAUUCAGAUAAUCCUUUAUUUCAUACAUCUUUCUUUAAAAAUACAGAAGAAUUUGAAAAUAAUAAUAUAAAGCGUAAAGAAAAAAUAGAACCAUUAGAUUCAAAUGAUGAAGAUGAUUAUGUUCUUAAAAAUGAUGCGGAAUAUGUGUUUAGUAAAAGAUUUUUUAAAGAUAUUUACUCCAAUAUACGAAGAAAAGGUGAAUUAAACUUUAUUGACGAAUUAUUAGAAGCAGAUGAAGAAUUUUAUAUUAGUACAAGCAAAUUAAAUAAAAUAAUUGAAAAUGCGAAAAAUAAAGAAAUGAAAUAUCAUUAUAUUGAUAGGAUGUUUUUAUAUAGACAUGCAAAAAAUGUUAUAGAUGAUUCUGAAUAUGAAAAAUAUAAAAAUAAGUGUAGAUCGGAGUUUAGGUAUCUUGAUGUUCCAUUUCCAAACUUAGGUGAAAUUAUGAACCUUCAACCUAUAAGUGAUUUAGAUGAAAUAGAUGAUACCGAUGAAUUUUAUGAUGCUGAAGUAAAGUUUCUUGAAAAAUAUUAUUAUAAAUCUAAUAAAGAAAAACAAGAAAAUAUCAAUUUUCCAGAUGAAAAAAAAAUUACUGACAAUAGUAUAGUCUUAAGAAAAAGAAAAUUAUCUAUCACAGACAAUGAAUCAACAGAAGACUUGUCCAUUUUAGAUAAGAGAGAAAAAUUAAUGUGCUUAAUGAAUAAAAUGAAAAGAGAAAAAGAUUCUUUCUUUGAUAAUAUAUUAGAUGCGCCAGAUUUCUCAAAAUUACUCGAACCAGUAUUUUCAUUAAAUGAAAGUUUUCUACUAUCACAUCAACUAUUUAAUGUGCAAUAUGCUGCUCAACUAGGCCCUGUUGUUUAUCUUAUAAAAACUGAAGAUGAAAAAUAUAUAUAUAGAGCUAUUGAAGUUAGUAGAUUAUUCGAAGAAAAAGUGAAAUCAAUUCUUGAUAAUCAAAAAGUUAGUUCAGGUGCGAAAGAAAGAAAUGAAGCUUUUGAAUGUUUUUCUAAUGACAAAUACCCAUUUCUACAUGAAUUAGACGUAAAAUACUAUCUUCGCAUUCCUAUGAGUACAGGAUGGAAUCAUUUUGGAUAUUUGAAGAAUCAAAAUAAUGUUCUUUUUUUUAGAAGACCAAAAAAUAUUUAA